AUGUCCCAUCAACUGACGCUUGCUGCAUUCCUCAGGAUUGUUUCAAUCCCGCAGCUUCCUCCUCCCCUCCCUCUCCCUCCCCUCUCUGCCCGUGCCCCCCCCCCCCAACCUCCAGGGCUCGCGUACGCCCUGCUGGCAUUGGUGCCCCCCGUGAAUGGCCUCUACUCGUCCUUCUACCCCCCGCUCGUCUACUGCCUGCUCGGCACGUCCCGCCACAUCUCCGUGGGCCUCUUCCCCGUGGUCAGCCUCAUGGUUGGCACCGUGACCGUCCGCCUGGUCCCCGACGAUGGGGGGGCAGUUGCUUUGGAGACGGGAAACGGGACCCUGGGAAACGCCACCGUGGCCACGCCGAGCGACAUGGACGCGCGGCGAGUGGCAGUGGCUGCCAGCGUCACCUGCCUGGUGGGGAUCAUACAGCUGUGUCUGGGCGCGCUGCGUGUCGGCUUCGUCUCCAUCUUCCUGUCGUCGCCGCUCGUCAGUGGCUUCAUGACGGCGGCCGCGUUCCACGUCCUCGUGUCUCAGCUCAAGUACCUCUUCGGCCUCUCUGUGCCCUCAUACAGCGGCCCCUUCGCCUCAAUCUACGCUAUCAUCGAGGUGUUCUCCCGACUGCCUCAGAGCAACGUGGCCGACGUCGUGACCUCGAUCAUCUGCAUCGUCAUCGCCGUCCUCGCCAAGGAGAUUAACCAGCGCUUCGCGCGCCGACUGCCCGUGCCCAUCCCGGUCGAGCUGCUCGUGACUGUGGUGGCGACCGCAGUGUCAUACGGAGCCGACUUGGAGGGGCGAUUUGGGGUGGAUGUGGUGCGCGACAUCCCAAAGGGGCUGGCUCCUCCGGUUAUACCGGACGUGAGCCUCUUCCCCGAGAUAAUCGGGGAUGCGUUUGCCAUAGCGAUCGUGGCCUUCGUGGUGCCCCUGUCACUCAGCAAGAUCUUCGCACAGAAGCACGGAUACGCUAUCGAUAGCAACCAGGAGUUGCUUGCGUUCGGGUUGAGCAACAUCUUCGGGUCGUUCUUCCAGACGGUCGUGGUGAGCACGUCGCUCUCCCGCUCACUCAUACAGGAGAGCUCCGGCGGCAAGACACAGGUGGCUGCUCUGCUUUCGUCCAUCAUCGUGCUCAUCGUCAUCCUGGCGCUGGGCUUCCUCCUGGAGCCACUGCAGACGGCGGUGCUGGCCUCCCUCGUGGUGGUGAACCUGAAGGGGAUGUUCACCCAGGUGAAGGAGGUGCCUCGCCUGUGGCGGACGGACCGCAUCGACUGCCUGCUGUGGGUGGUGAGCUGCGUGAUGAGCAUCCUGCUCGGCCUCGACCUGGGCCUGGCCGUGGCGCUCGUCUUCGAGAUCCUCACCACCGUCGCUCACUCCCUCUUCCCAGCAUGCGUCCCGCUGGGCAACAUUCCCAACACGGAGAUCUACAAACGCGUCGGUGUCUUCAAGCAGGCGACGGAAACCCCCGGAGUGAAGGUUGUCCGCUGCCCAGCGCCGCUCUACUUCGGGAACAUCGAAUACUUCAGAGAGAAGCUCAUGGCGAUCCUGGAGUUCGACCCAGCGAGGGUCGCGAGGAAGAGGGACAAAGCCCUGAAGAAGCUGAAGAAGCGGCUGAGCCGAGAGGCCGCCCUGCCAAUCAACACCGGCGCUCAGAACGAGGCCUUCAGCGCCAGCGACCAAUCGGAGACGUCCGACGACAGCGACGGCGACGACGCGGCCGUGGGUGCCGGCGUCGAGGAGGUGAAGGUCACCAGGGAGGGGUGCGGCACCCACGAGGUCGUCGCCGCCGUGAAAACCAAACGGGCCCCACCGACGAAGCGGGAGGUCACGGAGACGCGGGGGGCCCAGGGAACCCCGGGGCCCGAUGGGGAGGGCGGCGGCGGCGGCACGGGGCCCUGGCUCCAGGCCGGGCUCGCGGUGAAGCUGGAGGGCGUGCCGAGGGUGACGGUCGACACCGUCAUUCUGGACUUCUCCUCCGUCACGUACCUGGACACCGUGGCGGUCAACACCCUCACCACGAUGACCGGAGAUUAUCAGAAGGUGGGCGUAAGCUUCCUCUUCGCUGGCUGUGACGACGCGGUGCUGUCGCGCCUCGAGAGGGCCGGCUUCUUCGCGGGUGCCGUGGCGCGGAGCGGAUUCUUCCCGACGACGCGUGACGCGGCGCUGUGGAACGCGGCGCACGCCACCCCUCCUGUCCCGCUCUCUCCACGCGCCUCUCCUCGUGCCUCUGUCACGGAAGACACGCACAUGUGACGGCAGGGAGCGCGUCGCGGUGCCUGCAAGACGCGUCAGGCGAAAGUAACAUAGAAUGUAAUGUGUCACGAUUUGAAUACCUCUAAUUUAAGGCUGCCAAAUUUCUAGGAGGCUCAACCGGGACACGUGGUGGUGAGCUCGCUGCCCAUCCCUCUCCCAGCACCACCCACUUUUGUGUAGCCACACCCACUCAACCACUAGCACCGCCCACACAGCAAGCGGAUUUGUUCUGUCUGAAACUGGCCCUGCCCACUACUCAAGUACCUCCGUCCGUUACCAAGGUAGCUCCGCCAACUGCACAAGUACCUUUGCCCACUAAUAAGGUAGCUCCGCUCAUUACCAAGUUGGCUCCGCCCAUUACUAAGUUAGUUCCGCCCACUAUGAAGUAGCCCCGCCUACUACAUAAGUAGCUCCGCCUACUAUGAAAGCAGCUUCGCCCAUUGCUCAGGAUGCCCCACCCACUACUCAGGUAACCUGCUCAUAUUAGUAGAGACCGAGGAUAGAAAACGUUAAACUUGUUACACCAUGCAGAUUUUCACAAAACAUUUUUUGGAGGGGAUGACGGGUACGCAACCUUCCUCAACCCACCGGGACUGUCCCGGCCAGACAGACAUUUGGUGGCCUUGAAAUCGUAAUCCCAAGGAUGGCCCCCAUAAUCGGGCUGCAGAAUGUUUAUACCUUUCAAUGGAAUGUAAAUCGUGGAAACCAGCAAUUAAAUGCAAUUACACGCCGCACCGGCGAUGCGAGAUGCACGUACUGUAUUCUGAAUGGAGUAUGAAUCACAGAGAGACCACGAUGGAUGCCAAAUAUUCACCGAGCAA